AUGAUUAGGGGAGUAAAUUCACCCAAAAAAGCUAUAAAAUACCUGGGAGUGAUGCUCGACUGGCAGGGAACUUACGCAGAUCAUGUUAAGUACGUCUGCAAAAAGGCGGACGAGAGGGUGGCCUCGCUAAACAAGAUCCUUCCCAACAUCGGAUGUCCUAGGGAGGAAAAGAGAAGAAUGCUGGUAGGAGUGGUGCAUUCGGUGAUACUGUAUGCGGCCCCGGUUUGGCAAAGCGUGGUCCGCAUCAAGAAAUACGCCCAAAUGCUGAUAAGCACGCAGAGGAAGAUUUUGAUCCGUGCGGGGUGCGUGAUAAUGUGUAUCUCUCCCAUAACGCUGCUGAUGGAGGAGAGGAAAACGGUACACGACAGGGCUGAUGGCUACACGGAUAGAGCCAGAAAAGAGAUCAGGAACCUCACUAUCGAUAAAUGGCAAGAGAUGUGGGAAAAUAAUUUAGAUAACUCCCAAUUGACGAAAAGGCUCAUAUCGGACCUGAGAAUAUGGGUAAAAUGCCGGCACAGGAGCACGAACUAUUUUCUUACACAGCUCCUCACAAACCACGGAUGCUUUUCAACCUACCUGCAUAGGAUAAAAAAGAAAAAUGAUGAAGUCUGUUUCUACUGUGAGGCAGUAGAUACAGCGGAACACACCCUAGUUAAUUGCCCAAGAUGGGCAAAUGAAAGGCGAGAGCUGGAAGUUGUAGUGGGAGGAAGAAUCACUAUAGAAAAUUUCAUGUUGUGUCUGAUGUCGUCGAGACGAAAUUGGGAAGUUGCAAAUAACAUCGUAAAGUGUAUAAUGGGAACCAAGGAGCGCGAAGAGAAGAAUAUGAAUAGAUGA